GCGAGCUUCGGUGCGCGUAGAAGCUCGGACUGCAACUUUGUGGCUGUUUGAAGCUCAGUCUUCUCCCAAGGCAUGCCCGGAAUUCAUUGUUUGGAAUAAAAGAAGGGAAGAAAGUGUGAGUGAGUGGGCUGCGUGCUUGUGGACUCUCUUGAGCACGAGAUCGUGCUGGGACCAGUUGCUGCUGGGGCCGUGGAGUGAGUGUGCGUGUGCUUUAGUUGGACUGUGGGGCGGGGGCCGCUGAAGCUGCUGGCUGAGCGGCAUAAGGAGCCCCCGCGAUGGGCCACUCGAGGCUCCGCGCUGCCGCCGCCGCCACCACUCUGGGGCUGCUGCUCCCCAGUCUGCUGGGCUUUGUGGGUUCGGCCACCGGGCCGAGCAGCAGCCAGAGGAGCGGCGGACUCCCCCCCGCCAGUGCCUCCACCUCCCCGCCGUGCCCUUCUCCUUGCCGUUGUCUCCGGGACCUGCUGGACUGCAGCCGCAAGAGACUGACCGAGCUCCCGGAGACUCUCCCGCCCUGGGUAGUGCAUCUGGACUUAAGUCACAACAGAUUGUCUUCAAUCAAAACAAGUUCUCUGAGUCAACUCCAGAGACUUCAAGAAGUGAAACUGAACAACAAUGAAUUCGAGACCAUACCUAACCUGGGAGAAGCAGCAGCAAAUAUCACCCUUUUGUCCCUGGCCAAUAAUAAAAUUACCGAAAUUUUACCUGAACAUCUGAAGCCGUUUCAGUCACUGGAAACUUUAGAUCUGAGCAGCAACAACAUUUCAGAGCUCAAAACUACAUUUCCUUCUCUACAGCUCAAAUAUUUGUACAUAAAUAGCAACCCAAUCAGAUCCAUGGAAGCUGGUUCCUUUGACAAUUUGGCUAACACACUUCAAGUGCUGAAACUGAACAGAAACAAAAUCUCAACUAUUCCCCCAAAGAUGUUUAAACUGCCUCAUCUACAACAUCUGGAGCUGAAUCGCAACAAAAUUAAAAAAGUAGAUGGGCUCACCUUUCAAGGACUUGGUUCUCUGAAAUCACUGAAAAUGCAAAGAAAUGGGAUAAACAGACUCAUGGAUGGAGCCUUCUGGGGACUUGGCAACAUGGAAAUCUUGCAGUUGGACCAUAACAACCUAACAGAGAUUACCAAAGGCUGGCUUUAUGGUUUGCUGAUGUUGCAGGAGCUCCAUCUCAGCCAAAAUGCCAUUCACAAGAUCAGCUCUGAUGCCUGGGAAUUCUGCCAGAAACUCAGUGAGCUUGACCUGACUUUCAAUCACUUAGCAAGGUUAGAUGAUUCCAGUUUCAUCGGCUUAAGCUUACUAAAUACUCUUCACAUUGGAAACAACAAAGUCAGCUACAUUGCUGAUUGUGCCUUCCGGGGGCUCUCCAGUUUACAGACAUUGGAUCUAAAAAACAAUGAAAUCUCUUGGACCAUUGAAGACAUGAAUGGCGCUUUCUCAGGACUUGACAAGCUUCGUAGGCUGAUACUCCAAGGAAAUCGGAUUCGCUCUAUUACCAAAAAAGCAUUUUCUGGCUUGGAUGCCUUGGAACACCUAGACCUGAGUAACAACGCAAUCAUGUCCUUACAAGGAAACACAUUUUCACAAAUGAAGAAACUUCAAGAAUUGCAUUUAAAUACAUCAAGUCUUCUGUGUGAUUGCCAACUCAAGUGGCUCCCACAGUGGGUGGCAGAAAAUAACUUUCAGAGCUCAGUUAAUGCCAGUUGUGCCCAUCCUCAGCAGCUAAAAGGGAGAAGUAUUUUUGCUGUGAGUCCAGAUGGUUUUGUUUGUGAUGAUUUUCCUAAACCCCAGAUUACAGUCCAGCCAGAGACCCAGUCGGCAAUAAAAGGCUCCAACUUGAGUUUUAUCUGCUCUGCUGCAAGCAGCAGUGACUCCCCAAUGACAUUUGCCUGGAAAAAAGAUAAUGAACUACUCCAUGAUGCUGAAAUGGAAAAUUAUGCACACCUCCGAGCCCAUGGAGGGGAAGUGAUGGAGUACACCACUAUUCUUCGGCUGCGCAACGUCCAAUUUACCACUGAAGGGAAAUACCAGUGUGUCAUUUCUAAUCACUUUGGUUCGUCAUACUCUGUCAAAGCCAAGCUUACUGUAAAUAUGCUUCCUUCAUUUACAAAGAUUCCCAUGGACCUUACCGUCCGGGCUGGAGCAAUGGCCCGUUUAGAAUGUGCUGCUGUUGGCCACCCAGCUCCACAGAUUGCCUGGCAGAAAGAUGGUGGCACAGAUUUUCCAGCAGCUCGGGAAAGACGAAUGCACGUUAUGCCAGAAGAUGAUGUGUUCUUUAUCGUGGAUGUGAAAAUAGAAGAUGUUGGUGUUUAUAGCUGCACUGCCCAAAACAGUGCUGGGAGUAUCUCAGCUAAUGCCACACUGACUGUCUUGGAAACACCAUCCUUUUUGCGACCAUUAUUGGAUCGAACCGUGACCAAAGGAGAGACGGCUGUCUUACAGUGCAUUGCUGGUGGGAGUCCCCCACCCAAGUUGAACUGGACUAAAGAUGACAGUCCUCUGAUUGUAACAGAACGGCAUUUUUUUGCUGCGGGAAAUCAGCUGCUAAUCAUUGUGGACACAGAUAUUGAGGAUGCUGGGAAGUACACUUGUGAAAUGUCGAACACGCUUGGAACUGAAAGAGGCAAUGUUCGUCUUAGUGUAAUUCCCACUCCCACCUGUGAUUCUCCCCAGAAUGCUGCCCCAUCAUUAGAUAAUGAUGGAUGGGCCACCGUGGGAGUUGUGAUCAUAGCCGUGGUUUGCUGUGUGGUGGGCACUUCCUUAGUGUGGGUGGUCAUCAUCUACCACACAAGGAGGAGAAAUGAAGAUUGCAGUAUUACCAACACAGAUGAAACAAAUCUACCAGCUGAUAUCCCAAGUUAUUUGUCAUCCCAGGGAACAUUAGCUGAAAGACAGGAUGGGUACGGCUCAUCAGAAAAUGGGAGCCAUCACCAAUUUAUCACUUCUUCAGGGGGCGGCUAUCUUUUACAACGUGACAGCAGUGGCACUUGUCAUAUGGAUAAUAGCAGUGAAACAGACUUGGACGGUGUCACAGAUCCAUUUUUAUGUCACUACUUGGGAACAACGGGCACGGUGUAUCUGAAGGGCACAGUGUAUGGCUCCGAUUCUUUUGAUACCUACCGACCAGGUUGCAGCCCAGACCCCAGAACUCCUUGCUUGGAUCAUUAUGAGUCUGCUUAUGUAAAGAAAAAAGAAUGCUACCCAUGUUCUCAUCCAUCAGAGGAAUCCUGGGACCAAAAUAUGAGUGGUGUUGGAAUGGCAUCUCCCAUGACAAAGUUAACCAACUCUAUCUACAUUCAAAACGAAGGAUCUGGGAUCAAAAGCCUGCCUCAAGACAAAAAUGCUAUUGAUUUUAAUGCAAUCCAAGAAGCAACAGCUACUGCAUCCACUAAUGCUUUUAUGGGAACAUUUGGAAAGCCCCUUGGGAAGCCUCAACUGGAUGCUUUUUCAAGUUGUGGGCAGCCAAAACCUUUACACAUGAAUCCUCACGACUCCCAAGACUUUUCCUCGGAAUUAGAAGAAGAUGGGAGAGAGAGGACAGUUUUUUCAGGAGAAAAUCACACACAUACCUAUAAACAGGUCUUGGAAGGCUAUAGGACUCCUACUUUACAGUCUUAUGACCUGGACACAUAGCUGCACUGGUACUAACUAUUGAAUGGAACCAAAGAAAUCUUCUAACAUACUACCUCAAACAGACUUUUAUUUAAAAGAAAGAGAAUCGUAUGACUUUAAAGGAAACUGAAUUUUUAAAGGAUACCCCAAAAUGCCUAUUUAUACAAAUUUUUUAAACUGCCAAAAAUGCUAUAAAAUUUUAUA